UCGACCUACCAAAAGGGGGUUGUAAUAAGCUUUUCGCGAACAUGAGAUUCAAGACUUCAAAUCUAAAAGAGGCCAAGCACUCGGAAUUGGUCUCGUGUGUCAGUUGGAUGUCACCCGAUGAUGUCAUCAGCAUCGCGGAUGAUCACAAGAUCCUAAAAUGGAACCUGGUGAGUGCCGAGACGCAGCCAUUUGCGGAAUUGCCCCAGGAUUUCCAUCCAACGGAUGUGCAUUGGCUACCCAAAGGGCAGGCAUCAGGUGCUGGAUCCAGGGCCAAGGGUGGACCGAGUGGCAGUGACGUUUUCCUCGUCACUUCUGCUGAGGGCAAACUACAACUGAUCAACAAGAAUGGGCGCAUGGAAAAGUCCGUGGAGGCUCAUCGAGGAGCUUGUCUGGUUGGCCGUUGGAGCCAUGAUGGAGCGGGCAUCGUGACAGGGGGUGAGGAUGGCGCUGUUAAAGUUUGGUCGCGAUCUGGGAUGCUGCGUUCCACUCUGGCCUCGAACACCAUGCCCGUGUAUGCCUUGGCUUGGUCCCCAGACUCGAGCCAUGUCUUGUAUGCAACGGACAAGUUGCUCACCAUUAAGCCUUUAGCCCCGAACUCCAAGCCCAUUCAAUGGAAAGCCCACGAGGGGCUCAUUCUGUGUUUGGAUUGGUCACCAUCCAAUUAUCGGAUCAUUUCUGGAGGGGAGGAUUGUCGAUACAAGGUGUGGGACCAAUUUGGUCGGCAGUUGUUCAACUCGAGUCAGCAUGAUUAUCCCAUAACCUCGGUGUCUUGGUCAGUGGAUGGGCAAUUGUUUGCAGUCGGUUCAUUCAAUACUCUUCGACUUUGCGAUAAGAUUGGGUGGUCACACUCGUUGGAUAAACCGGCCACAGGAAGUCUGUACAAAAUUGCUUGGUCAGCAGAUGGGACCCAAGUGGCUGCGGCUUGUGGCAAUGGCCAUGUCAUCUUUGCUCACGUUAUUGAGAAACGAAUCGAAUGGAAAGAAUUUGAGGCCACUGUUACGGGACGAAAGACCAUCUCUUUGCGCAAUGUCACGAAUGAUGCAUGGGAGAAGUUGGAAUUUCGGGACCGGAUCAUUCAGAUCUCGAUGGAUUUUGGUUUCUUGAUUGUAGUGACCACGUCCCAAUGCUACAUUUAUACUACCCGAAAUUGGAACACUCCGACCAUUUUUGACCUCAAGGAAGGUUCCGUGUCCCUCAUCAUUCCUGCAGAGAAACACUUUCUCUUGGUCGAAUCUAAUGCUGUUCAUCUGUACAGCUACGAGGCUCGUCUAAUAUGCAGUCCCAAGUGGCCAGGCAUGAGACCGGAAACUCUUAAUGCUCACACAGUGAGCCUCUGCAAUGAUACCAUAGCCGUAAGGGACCAGUCGGAUGAGAAAAAUGUUCAUCUGUUUGAUGCUACCAAUGGAAAAGCACUCAAUGAUGGGAGGCCAUUCACACACCGACAGGAGAUAGCCGAGAUUGCUUUGGAUCAGGUGGGCCUGGCCAACCAGCGAAAACUGGCCAUUGUGGAUAAGAAUCGGGAUCUCUUCGUGGCCAAUGUGCGCAAGUUUGGGAAGGUCUCGAGCACUCAAGGCAAUUCAGCCAAAAUCGGAGCAAUGGUCCAAUCACUCAAAUGGAACGCCAAUUCCAACAUGUUGGCGGCCAUUCAAGAUUCUCGCUUCUGCACCUACCUUUAUCCGGCUGUCAUAUUCGUGGAUCGCAAUCUGCUUCACCGGACCAUCAUCGAGCGAGAUUCGGGGGAGUUUGGCAAAAAUCCAACUAUCGUACUAUUCUCGGGUAAUUCUAUAUCCGUCCGAAGAGCAGAUGGGUCCCUCGUUACCACGGCUGUGUCCCCCUAUCCAGGCAUGCUUUUUGAAUAUACCCAAUCGAAUCGGUGGUCGGAAGCGACCAAGCUGUGUCGCUUUGUCAAGGACGAAACCUUGUGGGCUUGUUUAGCGGGAAUCUCCACUCAAGCCCGACAUUUAGAAACGGCCGAGGUGUCGUAUUCGGCCAUUCAAGAGGCGGACAAAGUCCAUUACAUUCAGUACAUCAAAGAGCUGCCAACGAAAGAGGCUCAGAACGCAGAAAUGGCUGUUCUCACUGGAAACUAUCAAGAUGCCGAGAAUAUUCUCCUUCAGGCUGGUUUGACGUUUCGAGCCAUCUUACUGAACAUCUAUCUGCAUCAAUGGGAACGUGCCCUCGACCUGGCCAUCAAGCAUAAGACUCAUGUGGAUACGGUGUUAGCUUAUCGUGUGAAGCACCUCAAUCGCUGCGACAAGGACGAAACCAUUUCCAGGUACAUCCAAUACAUGAAGGAGGUGGACAUCGACUGGGAGAGGAUUGGAGCCAAGAUUGAGGAGGAGUACCAUAAGGAACGCGAAAUGGGAGGACGAGCCGGGAGACGAGGAUCGAGUGUUCCGUGAUAAGCAACUGGUGC